AUGUCUGGACAGUUUGCCUUCUCGUUUGCUGGCGACGACAUUGAUGAGGAGGAUCAAGUAGGAACCAACGCCACCAGUAUAUCCACAAAGCAAACAACGGCGGCACCAUCAAGCGCAUUUCCUGUUGCUGGCAAACCGUUGAUACCCGCGAGACGCCAUGACUUGAAGAAAAUGCUAUCUGAGCUCCCCUCCAAGAUUGCUUACAGCGUCUUGGAUGUCGACUUGGACGGAAAUGGAACAGUUCGACUACCUCGGCGAGAACUGUGGGAUGUGCGGGUUCAGCUGAUGGCAGAGGACGAGGGCGGCGUCGGUGGCGAGGCGGAAUCCGGUCUUGGCAGCCACGACGUGAAAACCGGAGUUUACGAGGGCGGGUUCAAGAGCUGGGAGAGCAGCGUCGAUCUUGUCAAGGUGCUUGCGCAAUCGCAAUCGUUUCUAUCGUCGCAGGAUGGCACUCCUUGCGUUAUUGAGCUUGGCUGCGGCACAGCCCUCCCAUCUUUGGCGCUCUUCCAGUGGGCUGCUGCAUUGGGGCCAACUGGCCAGCCUUCUUCGCUAUCUAUUGUCCUGGCCGACUACAACCCGACUGUUCUCCAGCUUGUGACACUCCCAAACUUCAUUCUAUCUUGGGCUCUCCAAGCUCUCCAACAUCAGCAAACUUCGUCUAUCGUGGCAGAUGCGCUUUCUUCUGAAGGCGAACUGGAAUUGUCCGGAGGAGUUAUCCAGGCCUUUGAAGGAUUCCUGACUGAGCGCAACAUUACUUUGCAUUUCCUUUCCGGUGCAUGGUCGCCAGAAUUCGUUGAGCUCGUCAAGGCGUCUCAACAGAGUGUCCUUCGCAGUGGCUUCAGACAGCGGACGGUCAUACUGGGUGCUGAGACCAUAUACUCCCCAUUCGCCCUCCAAUCUUUUACUGAGACCGUCUUCUCCCUUAUGGAGCAACAGGCGCAAGGAAACGAGGCCGAGGCCCUCAUUGGUGCAAAGAAACUCUACUUCGGAGUUGGCGGCUCCCUCGACGACUUUGUCAUGAAGGCAAGAGGACUCGGUGCGGUAAUCGAUCAACUACGAGAAGAAACCGAAGGGGUCCGUAGGGGAGUGGUUCGAUGCGCGCUUCGCCCUUGA